AUGCUUAGAACACAAGUUUAUAAUAUACCCAAGAGGACUACCUCGUUGAAUGUUAGACCAUUCCUUACUGCCGUACAUUAUUUGCAUACUAGUUCUAUACAAUAUGAUAAAAAUAAUGGACAACGUUCUCCAAUUCAAGUAUUUAGGGACACAUUCAAAAAUGAAUGGAAGAAAUCUCAAGAAUUACAAGAUAAUAUUAAGACUUUGCAGGAUGCUUCAGGUAAACUAGGUGAAUCAGACGCUUAUAAGAAGGCUAAAGAAGCCUAUAUUAAGGCUCAGAAAGGUUCUACUAUUGUUGGUAAGACUUUGAAGAAGACUGGGGAAACCGUGGAAGAUAUUGCUGUAAAAGCAUGGGAAUCUGAUAUAGGUAAAAAGACUAGAGAAGUAGCUAAUGAUACCGCUAAGAAAUUAGAUGAAAGUUUCGAACCUGUUAGGAAAACUCAAGUGUAUAAAGAUGUCUCGGAUGUGAUCAAUGACGGUAGCAGUAGUACUAGAUAUGGUGGGUUUAUCACAAAGGAAGAAAGACAAAGACUUAGAGAAAAAGCUUUGGCAUCAGGUGAACGAGUCAGAGCUGUUAAGAGUAAUGACGAAGCAGGUACUGCAUUGGUCUCUACAAAUAUUCAAGCUAAAGAAUCCUUUGGUAAGAAAAUUGACGAUUUUUCAGAAAAUACUACUGUAGGUCAAGGUUUAAGUUUUAUGAAAACUAAAUUGUGGAAUGAAAGUGAAAAUCCAAUGAUUGUUGUAAUAAGAAAAAUUAGUAAUAAAAUUGGUGGAUUCUUCGCAGAGACUGAAUCUGCUAAAGUUUAUAGUCAAUUUAAAUUGAUGGAUCCAACUUUUAAUAGUGCAAGUUUUACUAAACAUUUAAGAGAAUAUAUCGUACCAGAAAUCUUAGAAGCAUACAUUAAAGGUGACCAAAAAGUCUUGAAGAAAUGGUUAAGUGAAGCUCCUUUCAAUGUUUACGCAGCUCAACAAAAAGUAUUCAGAGAACAACAAAUCUUUUCUGAUGGUCGUAUGCUAGAUAUUAGAAACGUUGAGAUCGUUAGUGCAAAAUUGUUACAACCACAAGAUAUCCCUGUAUUGGUUAUAAGUUGUAGAGCUCAAGAGAUCAACUUGUACAGAAAGUCAAAGACUGGAGAAAUCGCAGCAGGUAGUGAAGAUAACAUCCUAAUGAGCACUUAUGCCAUGGUCUUUACAAGAGAUCCUGAACAGAUCGAUGACGAUGAAACUGAAGGUUGGAAGAUUCUAGAAUUUGUACGUGGUGGUUCAAGACAAUUCACUUAA